CGGGUAGCAUCCUUCCUCCUCCUCUUCCUCUUUCUCCUCCUCCUCCUCCUCCUCCUCCUCCUCCUUCUCCUCCUCCUCCCCCCACUCCCGCGAGGGCUGCAUGAGUUGGGGGCGGGUGCCCACAGUCCUGCUCGGCGGAGGGGCCGCGCUGCUCCUGUCACUCCUCUGGAUGCCCGCGCUGCUGCCCGCGGCCUCCCGUCUGCUGUUGCUGCCCCGAGCCUUGCUGUCCAUGGCCUCUGCCAGCCCGCCGUCCCAACCCUCCCCAGCCUCGGGCUCGGGCUACGUGCCGGGGUCGGUGUCUGCAGCUUUCGUCACGUGCCCCAACGAGAAGGUCGCCAGGGAGAUCGCCAGGGCAGUGGUGGAGAAGCGCCUGGCAGCCUGCGUAAACCUUAUCCCUCAGAUCACGUCCAUCUAUGAAUGGAAAGGAAAGAUCGAGGAAGACAGUGAGGUGCUGAUGAUGAUUAAAACCCAAAGUUCCCUGGUCCCUGCUCUGACAGAUUUUGUUCGGUCUGUGCACCCUUAUGAGGUGGCUGAGGUGAUUGCACUACCUGUGGAGCAGGGCAACUCUCCGUACCUGCACUGGGUGCGCCAGGUCACCGAGUCUGUUUCUGAUACCAGCACAGCCUUACCAUGAUGAACCUUGCUCCAUGAGCCCCUCUACUUAACACCCCUGACUUCCAGAUGAUGACUGAGCCCCCAAUAAACCCUCUCUUUGGUUCUCUC